UCCGCCCGGCCCGGACAGGAAGGGAAGGGAAGGGAAGAUGGCGGUGAAUAGCGAGGUUCAGGACAUUCCUUGCAGCAGUGGAGAGCCUGCAAUUUCAGCAGCAAAGCGGGAGGAAAGACUGAAGAGAUUCAGAGAUCUGCACCUUAAGAGGAAUGAAUCUCGGAAAUUGAAUCAUCAGGCUGUGGCGGAGGAGGACAGAAUCCUGAAACUACCAGCUAACUGGGAGUCUAAAAAAGCACGAUUGGAGUGGGAACUAAAAGUGGAAGAGAAAAAAAAGGAGUGUCUGGAGAAGGGAGAGGAUUAUGAACGAGUUAAACGGUUGGAAAUAAGUGCUGAUGAUGCAGAGCGAUGGGAAAGGAAGAAAAAAAAGAAAAAUUCAGAUCCAGGAUUUUCAGACUUUGCAGCUGCUCAGUUCCGCCAGUAUCAGAGAUUAGUGAAGCAGAUUAAACCAGACUUGGAGGAAUAUGACAAGCAGAAGGAUGAUGCUGGGGAGGAGUUCUACGCAACUGCAAACAGUCUAAUACACGGCACUCAUGUCCCAUCCAAAGCAGGUGUGGACAGGCUGGUGGCAGAUGUUGAAAAACAAAUUGAGAAGCGUGCCAAAUAUAGCAGACGUCGCCGUUACAAUGAUGAUGCUGACAUUGACUAUAUCAACGAAAGGAAUGCCAAUUUUAACAAGAAGGCAGAACGCUUCUAUGGAAAAUACACUGCAGAGAUCAAGCAAAAUUUGGAGAGAGGAACUGCUGUCUGACAUCUUUUUCUAAAAGAUUCAAAUCGCUUAUGCGCUCAAGCUAUGUAGAAAUUAUGAUAUUUUUAUCCCAGACAGGUGUACAAAUUCAACCUUUUUACUAAUGUUGCAAAAUAUAUGAUGUGAUGAACAUCUCUUAUGAUGUAUAACAGAGAAUCCAUAUUCAUAUCAUUUACUGGAAUAUGUUUUGCUGAUGACUGCUAAGGUUUAUAAAGUGUCCCUGGAUUAUAUCUCCAUGCAGUGUGUUUUUUGUCACUUUUGCUUUGGAUUAUCAAACAAUUAAUACUGUUUGGUUUUUGUUAUAUAUUCAUUAUUCAAAAGGAAGUUUGGUAUAAUGUCUAAGAUGAUUUCUCGACUGAUUACCAUUUCUUGUUUCUCAUGAAGAUUGAAGAUAUAUUGUUGAGUAAAGCUUGCUUUUAUCAGUCAUGAAGCUAUUUUAGUUCCAAACUUUUACAAAAUAUACAUGAAUAUAAAUGUAAAGUUUUUGUAAAUAUAUUCAUCAGAAAACAAUGGUCACUGGACACCAAUCUGUGCUGUUGAAAGUCACUUUUCUGUAAAAUUUAUUCGAUGUAAAUAUCCUUGUAAUAGUGCAUAAUAAAUUGUAUAGAUUUAAC